GGAGCUGGGAAAUACAUACACAUAUACACGAAAGCAGAACCAGAACACCCUCCCCUGGACACACCCUACUGGGGAUCACUGCUUCUCUUUUUUUUUUGAUUCCGAACCAUCGCCCACGCUGCGCGGAGAGAAAUCUCUCUCAUCAUCAUCACCAUCCUGAAGAAAACCCCCCUUUCUUCCUCAUUUUCACUCUGUUUGAGGAAACCUACAAUCACACGGGCUGAGAAACCCUGAAGAAGAGGCUGUUUUUUCCUUUUUUCUUUUUUUUUCUUUUCAUUUGGGAAAUUGGCAUUUUUGUUGAUUCGAGCCCCACACCUCAAGCAGGCCAGAGCGCAAUAACCCUAAAGCCGGCCAGAAGACCCGCAGAUCGAAGGACCUAGAUCACUAUCAUCUUUGUACAAGAAUGGUUACUAUAAUCAGCACCAUGGAAACUCAGGUGUCCAACGGUCCGAGCGGAACCAGCAUGCCUAACGGCCCGGUCAUCAGCACUAACGGCGCUACAGACGACAGCAAGACCAACCUGAUCGUCAACUACCUGCCUCAGAAUAUGACCCAGGAAGAGUUCAAGAGCCUAUUCGGCAGCAUCGGCGAGAUUGAAUCCUGCAAGCUAGUCAGAGACAAGAUCACAGGUCAGAGCUUGGGCUACGGCUUCGUAAACUAUGUCGACCCCAAUGACGCCGACAAGGCCAUCAACACGCUCAACGGUCUCAAACUGCAGACAAAAACAAUCAAGGUGUCAUAUGCCAGACCCAGCUCAGCCUCCAUUCGAGAUGCUAACUUAUAUGUGAGCGGCCUGCCUAAGACCAUGAGCCAGAAGGACAUGGAACAGCUGUUCUCCCAGUAUGGUCGCAUUAUCACGUCCCGCAUCCUGGUGGACCAGGUCACAGCAGGCAUAUCACGAGGAGUGGGCUUCAUCCGGUUUGACAAGAGAAACGAGGCCGAGGAGGCCAUCAAAGGUCUGAACGGCCAGAAACCCCUGGGCGCUGCUGAGCCCAUCACUGUCAAGUUCGCCAACAACCCCAGCCAGAAGACAGGCCAAGCCCUGCUCACCCAGCUCUACCAAACAGCCGCCCGUCGCUACACCGGCCCCCUGCAUCACCAGACCCAGCGCUUCAGACUCGACAAUUUACUAAACGCCACCUACGGAGUCAAGAGUUCUCCAUCUCUUCUCCCCAGGUUCUCCCCCAUCACCAUCGACAGCAUGACAAGUCUGGCGGGGGUCAACCUGACUGGCCCCACUGGAGCAGGCUGGUGCAUUUUCGUCUACAACCUGUCGCCUGAAGCUGACGAAAGUGUCCUGUGGCAGCUCUUCGGGCCCUUUGGCGCCGUGACCAACGUCAAGGUCAUCCGUGACUUCACCACCAACAAGUGCAAGGGCUUCGGCUUCGUCACCAUGACCAACUACGACGAGGCGGCCAUGGCCAUCGCCAGCCUCAACGGCUACCGCCUGGGUGACCGCGUGCUGCAGGUGUCCUUUAAGACCAGCAAGCAGCACAAGGCCUGAGGGCGGGGUGUUAGGGACGGCACGGUCACUAGCGCUCCUUAUCCCUGCAAGAGGGGGGUCUCGGAGCUCCCCGCACAUUCACUCUACAUGGGCCUGGACUGAGUCUCUCUCUGACACUCAUUUAACACACACAUACAUACACAUUACAUGCACAUACACGACACACACACACAUUUAGUCAGAGUUUCAGAAAAAAAAUACAAACACAAGUUUUUUCUUUUUCUCUUUACACAACAUGCUAGUCCUUCCCUACGUUUGCCUGGAUUGAAUUAGCAGGAGUGGGUAGUUGGUCUAUGGGUGGGGUGGGGUGGGGGGCCUUUCGCAAGGGAGACAGUUUUAAUGAAUGUGACAGAGAAUGUGUGCUGAGUGCUUUGAUUUAAUUCAGGCAAAUUAUGAGAACUGAUGAACAAAAAAAUGAUCGAAAAAAAGUAUGUGCAAUUUACCCAAACUCUUGCCCCAAUAACUCUCCUGUCUUGAUGGAGAGUAUGUAGUCACUUUUUUACACUUGGGCAUUUUGAAUCAGUGAGUUUUUUUAGAUCUAAGAAAAAAAAGAAUUAACAGUGUUCUCUUAUAUAUAUUAUGAUAUAACUAUAUAUUCAAUAUUUAAGGUGGUUAUAAUAGCCAAGUAUGUAAGCAUUUUCUAGAACUUUGAUUACAGUUUCCUGGCUUUACAUAAGGUUGCAGUCUAGCUUUAGGGCGCUGUACCACCCCACUCAAGGUCCGACCCAACAGCCAAUUUAACAAUGUGCGUGAUGGCAGACACAAGGCUAAAAGGAUAUAAGGAGGGCAUCAUAGUCACCUCAGUACACGGAGACACAACAGUGACCAUAAAUACAAACAAGAACCAACACAUACAUACUUCCACGUAAAGAAAUAGCCAAGAUUUAUUUAACUACAUCACAAAGUAACCUAGAAUCUCCCUAUAUUUUUCCACUCUAGUUUCUUAUAGUGUAGAACUGAUUCUAGAGCAUAGAAUUGAGUCCACCACACGCAGCUGUCUACAUUACUUGGAGCAUUUCGGUAGUGUUCCCAAAGCUGAUGGCAUUUGUGUAAUUCUUUUUGAAAAGGCCAGGGGUCCAUCUAGAACAACACCAUCAUGCUCAGUAACCAACCCUGACAAGGAAACUUCAAAACUUUCACAUCUAAAAAGGUUUCCUGCGAAGGGACGGCUCUACAUUAACAUGAGGCUGCAUCACAUUCCCUUAGAGGCAAUUUUAUAAGUAUCGGGUGUUUUACAAUGUAUUUUAGUGAGAAAGCCAUACAGAUGAAAGGUGUCAAAGCCUGAUGUUGUGAGGACUACAGGGAGUGAGGUUAGUUAGUACCUGUUCUCCCUUCUUCUCGUAACUUCCCUCCGAGUCACUGCGCCGGAUCACUCCAGCCAUUCUUAUCUAUCAAACUGACAAGCUUUGGGCUCCCACACUGUGGUCCUCAUGCAAUUUACAGCAGCAGCCCUGCAAAAAAAAAAAGAAGAAGAAAAAGAAACAAAAAAAUGCACAGACAGCCCCAUGCCUCCAACACGAGCUAGGAUCUUCCAUUCCCGUGCCCUAUUUUAAGCCAUAGCCACCUGAUAAACAAAAAUAUCACUCCGUUUGACCACCCCUGCCAAAUAAUUAUUAAUCCCCUUUAAAAAGAUAUUCUGAAUAAAAAUGCCCAUAGUUCAAAGCCCUAAAAAAUACUCUUAAAAACAAAGCUGUUCCACGGGGAGAGAGACGUUGCUGUAAAAAUGAAAGAGAACUUCACUUGACAGAAAGAGAAAGGUUCAAAAUGUGUGUUCAAAUCAAAUGACAUUUUGCUUUUUCUAAAUAACGCUGUGUUAGCCAAAGAGGACAAUGAUCUCUUUGAAAAAAAAAAAGGAUUACGUUAGAGAUUAAUAUAUUUUUAUAUCUACAAAAAAACAAGACCUUGUGCAACAUUUUUACAGAUUCUUAAGCGUGGAAACCUUUGGAACACACCGCAUGGCUUUUAUUUUCAGCUUUUGGGGGAGAGAGGGCCCAACUGUGCGGUGUAUGGGAGGGGAUUGGGGACUAUAACAUACAGUAUGUGCAGUGAAACCAUUACAUAAUCAAAAACACAAAAAACAAACUGAAAAAAAAGAUGAUACUAAAAAGCAAUUAGCAGACAGUCAAAAGAAUGCAUUACGAUAAAAAAAACAACAUAAAAACAACGCUUAAAACGUUCCAGUUUCUCUAAAGUUGCAUCAAGCGUUGCUUCAACAGCGGUGCAGUGAAGCCCCAUGGCAUCACUGGGGACACCAUGAACUAGCUGCAGUCUGCUCCAGAAAGGCUUGAUACUUGCAAACUGACUCAUUUCUAUCUGAGCAUCUCCUUUUGGCAGUUUAAAAUGAAAUGUAUAAUCUACCAUUCAUGCUUGACAUGCUCAAUGCACCAAAGAAUCUGUUUAAAUUUGGCAUAUCCUACCACAGCUGCACUUAAUGUUAAUCCUAUCUAUAUACACAAUAGCUCACUUUAGACUAAACUAUAUGCUCCAGUACUUCAUAUCAUCACGAUGACGGUACAUACAUAUUGUCUGCUAUCACACUAUUUUUCAUCCUUGUAUUACUUUUAGACAUAUCAGAGUUGAUUUAAACAUAUCACACCUUUCUUUCACCAUCUUGACCCAUAGUGGCCCAUAUCUUUCACUCCUCAUUUUGCUCCUUUGCAUAAGCACUAAUCAACUGAGGGGUCAAAGCUUGGUCACUGAAUAGAUCGGUCUCACAACAGCUAGUAAGGACAUUCUUUGGAGAAGUAAGACAGCUUGCACUGCAAAAAACCCCAAACACGUAUCAAAGCGUCGCUUGACACCCCAGUUCCACGUCACUUGCUCUCUCUUACUGUCCCCCGUAAUCAAAGAUACAGUCGCAUUUAACCAAUUCCUCCGGUUACUACUAGGCUUUUGUAUUCAUAUCACCAUACCGAUGCUACUCACAUCCAAGUACUCUUUUGUAACGCAAACAAUGUAUCCCGGACCUCUUUGCCCAUUUUAUUUGUUGGUGGUGUGCCGAUGAAAAAGGCGUGAUUAGCUUCUAAUAAUAUAUCAAGCCUUGGUAGCCUGCCUGAUGAGAUUUUUGACCACUCUCUAGUGUUAGCAACAGGGGCAGCUAGGGUAGAAACAGGAUACUUGGCAACCCAGGGCGAUUUUUCCUAAUGCCCUUGGGAGGAUGUAGCUAGCCGGGCCUUUUCUGCUGUAGCAGAAAGGCCUUAGUGUCCUCACCUCUGGCCACAAACCCAGUGCAGAUUAGCCCUUUAGCAUGACACACAUACAUAAACACAAACACAGCGAAUCCAGAGACCCUCUCCCCACAGCUACAGUAGAGAGCCAGGGACAACGGCAGGAGACACACGUACUGCACCGCUUGAGCAACAAACAACAAUAAAUCAUUUAAAAAGACAAAAAAACUUUCCUAUGGAACAGUAAGUGCAAUGUGCUUCGUUUUUAUAUUGACUGAGAACAAAAGAUAUAUAUAUUUUUUAAAAAAUACGUUAAACAUCACACUGAAAUGGUUUGCGGAAUAGUGAAAGGAUCAAAUGCAAUGAACAAGUGUUAACUAACAGAUUCAAUAAAGGAAUCAAACAAGCACCGAGAGCUCUGAUCUCUGAUAAUGUCCAUUAUCCCUUCCUCAGCCCCCCAAUUAGUGCUCUGACCAAGGUAAACUAAACAGCCGUUUAUGGUACUGAAAAGGGCAAUUAUCAAAGACCGUGAAAGGAAUACUGUCUAAUAUUUCAUCAGUUUUAGCCCAUGUCGAUUUCAGAAUAUCAUUUUUCCUGUAAUUUAUUGAUUUACUUUACAUAUCAGAAUCACAUGUUAACUUUAGCGUAUUUGUGUUGUUGACGUUGCCAUAGAGAACACACAUGGGUUGAAUAUUUUCUUUCGUUGCUUCUAUUGGGUACAAUUUCUAUUUUUUUCCAUUAUUUAAACUUAGUUGCUGUUCCUACAGUGUAUGCAGGUUUUAGAAUUAGUUAGAUUUUUUUCUUUCAAUCAAAAUGUGUUCAAUUGUGUUUGUAAAAGUCUGUGGUAGCUUUUGUUGCAACAUAAAUAAUUUAAACGGAAAAAAAUUCAAUAUAGCGCCAACGAACUUGUAUUAUUUGGGCGACUUUAAGCUUGUAGUUUUAACUUAUUGUUAACUUAAAAACUAUUUAUUAUCAUUAUUAUGAUUAUUAUUAUUGCCUCGUAUAAAAGUAUGUUUUGUGUAUAUUUAUGGUUUAUUUCAUUAUAUUUGCAAGUUGAAAAGAAUUUUAAUUUUGCCAAAAUGUGGUUACACCGUUUUGUUUUUUAAAAGGGAACAAAUAGACUAAAAAAGAAAAAAAAAACAGCUUUAGAAUUACGAUUUGGAAAAGUUCUCCAUAGGCAAAGAAUGCACUGCUAUAUAAAACUAAUUGAAAGUGUAAACAUACAUGCUGUGUGCUAGAUGUUAUGCCUUUACUGCCUGUGUUUCGUUUGUCUUGUUAAAUGAAAACCUUUUGAUUAUUUGAUCUAAUCACAGUCUUGUUUUUUCCAGCCACUUUCAGACCCCCUGAGAGAGAGAAGGUGGGAGGGUGGGCAAAAGGGUAUUCGGGCCUGGAGUACAGGCCUGACAGAGAGGGGCUGUUUGAGGCAGGUUCUGAUGGGGCUCUACCAGCACCUCCCCUUUCUCCUCGGCUUAAGUCAAACAAACGGAGAUAAAGGGAAAGGAAACUAACACCGAGAGAUGGGCAUUCAAGCUGAUAUUUUAAAUAACCCAGCAGCGGCAGGAGGGAUGGGUGCUGAGAGAGCCACAGAGCUAGAAAAGGGGUCAGUGGUUCCUCUGUUUCUCAACCAAUUGUAUUUUGUGUCAAUUAAUUUAGAAGGGAUACAGAGUUACUUAGCGAUGUUCUUCUUACACCAUUUCUCAAGAAUGGUACAAUAACACAGAAGCAAACGAUCAAAAGCAGAGCCCCUGACGUCAGUGUCAGAGGGCUACGAGUCAAAAUCAUACUUCCAAACACGACCAAACGAACAACGAACAAUGUAACAAAGGGGGAAAAAAAAAAAAAACAAAUAAACCUUUCAGUUUAGUUUAGGAUAUUUAUUACUGGGAUUUCAGCUGAAGACGCUUGAGGACUUUUUCAUGGAAUUGUUUAAUUAUUUGUACUUUACAUGCCAGAAAAAAAAUAAAAUAAAAGUUACGAA